AUGUCAAUUUCCGAAACUAACGCAGGAGCAAAUGACUCCCUAACGAGGCAGUAUCCAACCAAGUAUCAUCAGCACAGUCGAUCUCUUUCUUCUGAAAUUGUUUCUGUUGAAGGAAAUGAGUCUGUUGAAAUCCAUACUGAUUCUGACUUUGACGAUUCAACUAAUCCGCGAUACUCAAACUAUAUUUACCAGGAACAUGGAGACGAUGCUAGCUUCAACAUUGAAAGCGACAGUGAUGCUGAAAGUAGUAGGGCUUCAAAAUUUAGUGCGUACCGUAACCACCGACUUGAGUCUAGCUGCUUAAGAAACUCUUUGUUAGAUUCUGAAGAUGAAAACCAAGAUGACGAAGAAGCACUUACGGUAGCUCCUCUUAAAGUUUUACCAGACACUUCAUUAAGCCAUAAAUACAGCAAUGAAGAGGAGGAUGAUGACGAUGAUUUCUUCAGCUUGGCAAACUCAUCAAAACAUUCUCUCGAUUUGGAAUCGGCGUCUAUCGAGAAUAAGCAGAAUCCGCUAGCGUUUUCUAGUCCGGUACCUUCCCAUGAGAAUUCUCCAGUCAUUCAAAUAAAGCGGGAUGUUUUAUUUGUCCCAUUUGAAAACCAGCAUACCAGUAGUGACCAAAGUACCUACCACCCGACCGUUGCCAGCAGCAGCGCCAACAUAUCCCGAACAGGCGAGCCUCCUGUGCUCCUGAAUAGCGAUACAUUAACCACAACCACCACAACCAAUACCAUAAUCUCUUCAACCAUAACUCCCAGCACUUCUACAACUCCUAAUCCUAUUUCUACUACUACUACUACCAUAUAUAUUCCUCCUCUCCAGGAACAGCAUACAGAUCGUCCCUAUCUUCAUCCUUUCAACUGCAAAACCCCUGAACAAAUGCAGGAUCUUCUAGAUUCCCAAGCGCCGGAAAUUCCAUUCCCAACCACCUCGGAAGUUCCGGCUACCUUGCCAAAAAAUUUGACACCUCCUCUAACUAUAGACCCAGCAAAACGACAGCGCAAGCCCAGCGGUGUUCUGACGUUGGCCGCUAAGUUUGAACAGGAAGCUUCAACUAUUAUUUCACCAACAACUCCUACUAACAACACACCAGGCGGUCAACCAUCUCCACCAAAAGGAUCAAAGAUAUCUUCCAAGGUUGAAGAGCUUGAAAAAAUGCUUUCAUCUCAACCCCCUACUCCGACUCUUCGUACCAGUGCUAGUUUAAACGGGAUCAAUGGCAUUGUAGGCAGUGGUUCCAGCUCUACAUUGUCACUUCGAGCCAGUGCAAGUGCUAGUGGAUUCAACGCGAUCAUUGCAGCUGCUGAGGGAAACAGUGGCACACAGUCGCCUAUAACGUUCAAAAGUCCCAAUCCAAUAUUAAUUCCAAAGGCAUUCGAAGAGGCCAAUAAAAGUAGGGAAAGUCAAAAGAGUGUUGGCAGCGGUAACAGCAGCAACGGUCGCAGAGGCAGUAAAGGUGGCAGCGGGAGCAGCGGUAGCAGCGGUAGCACCAGCGAAAAUGAAGAUCUGUCAGCCUCGGUAGUUACCGAGUGUCCAAAUGAAAACGAUGAUGAAGUAGACCCUCUUACAAAUUCUUCCAUGUCUGAACCGGUUACAAAAACCCUCGAUUCCAAUACUUCAAAACCCCUCAAUGAUCCUUCGCCAGUUCUGGCUCCUCAACAGGACAAUAUUGAAAUUUCUGAGCAAGAAGAUACUAAAAAUACAAAAGAGACUAUUGUGGCAGCCGAACCAGCAGAUCAACCUCCAUCGGCAGACUUUGAUACUCUACAAGAUAAAGAAACAUAUCCAGAAACUGGUGAGUCACCCACAUCCAACCCUUGGGCUAGCUCUUCAGAUGCUGUUGCCAAUGAAAACAAUAGUGAUACCACUGAGUCCAAGCUACCUAUGCUGGAUGAAAAAGAAGCUAUAGAAGCAGUUUCAAACCAGGAAGAUGCCACGAAUAGAUCUCCCAUAAGUAGUUCUGGGGUUAAUGCCACUGCCGUUUCCAUUACUCCUUUGGCUGAUUCCACAAUCGCGCCAAGUGCAGGAGGUGAUGAAGGGACGUUAUUAAACGCGCAUGAACGCGACAAUUCUUUGACGGAGAAUGUCGUUGGUGACAAUGAAGAGAAGCUGAAGAACAAUCUGGUAGUGGAAUCGGAAGAUGACAACAAGAAAAAUACACAUGCCGAAGAAAAUGCGGAUACGGAUGCGGCUCGAGAACGUGCACCAUCAUUUUCGCUCGAGCCUAUUGAGAAAGAUGAUUUUGAUGGAACCAAUCCAAAUGACAAGAAUUUGAUUUUUGCAGUUUAUGUUGUUGGAUUUCAUCAUAUCCGAGGCCCAGAAGUAGAAUAUGCUGUUGGAGGCGAGGGUCAAGAUCAUAACAAACUAUGGCCCAAUUUACCAUUUCAAAGCUUGCCAGACGGCUCACAUUCACACGAAGAAAACUUUUGUUACUUUUCUCUACUGUACGACAACAAAAAUAAAACCGGACCCAUUGCUGUGCCUGUCCGGGACAAGCAUGGCAACAUUACAGAAGAGGUCCCGGACAUGUCUAACACAACGACACUUUUUGGUAUCAGCUGCAACCGUCAGCUUAAAGCCACUGAUCUGAAGGAACGCCCAGAUGAUGUAACGCGAUCAACAGUGCAAAAAUCAGUUAUUGUGAUUGCACGGAAACCCAUUUUUGGAGCAAUUCGUGAGAAAUUGGCAGUAAUUACCAGGGCUUACUUUCAACAAGGCGAUUUUGAGGAUCGAUCUCUGAUUGAUAGUCUUUACGGAAACUUGGUGCAAAUGUUUUCAAACAAGGUAGACGAGAGCGAUUUAUAUGUUGGCAUGUCUUUGCGAGAGCUUGUACACAGACUCCAGAACAAGGUUCUUUUCCUGCUUAAAGCAUUGCUUCUGGAAAAGAAGAUUUUCUUUUUUGGUCACAACACCGAGGUUUUGUGUGCAUCGCAAUUUGCGCUUGUGUCGCUGAUUCCUAGUCUUAUCAACAACCUAGAGGACUGCGGGUCGCCUCUGCUCAAGUCUUAUGAAACUCGUUUAAAGAAGCCUACUUCGCUGAGAAGCAGCGAUCGAACAUCAUUAUUACACUACAUGGGUCUGCCUUUGCAGAUUUUUUCUGAAGGAGGCAUGUUUACUGCAUAUGUGCCUCUCCAGCAAAUGGACGAGCUCAAGGCUCCUGAGACAAAAUACUUUUUAGUUGGUAGUACCAAUGCGCUGCUUCUUGCUCCGCAAAACUGUGUUGCAGACAUUGUUGUGCACAUUGAUCAAAGUAACGUAGAGGUGCUGAGCCAUGGGCUCAACAAUGCACUUUCGUUGUCAUCUGCUGAUAAGAAGUGGAUUAACUCAAUUGUACAGGCUGUGGAAGACACUUGGGAUCCAGAAGACCCCUUCCGUCCUAAGGAUCUUGGCUUCCGAGGAAGUGAGGACUAUGUUCGGCAGCAGUUUGAGGACUACAUUAUGGGGCUUUUGUCUGCAGUGAAGUACGAUCGGUUUUUGCAGCGGAUGGCAGGGUCCAAACAGCCGAAUUUGCGGUUGCGCGAAGUCAAUGGGAAUCCCAUUAAACAGUUUAAUCACCAUUGGAUUAAGGAAUGGCGGACGACAAAUAACUUCCGGAUAUUUUCCAAGUUUACAGACGAUGAAGUGUUUGACAUUGUGGAGCCGCGACAUGUUGGUGUGGCCAUGCAACAGCAGCCACAACCAUCACAGCAAGUGGUAGCUGCAUCUCAGGAUCUCCAGCAAGGAGCAGAAGGUGUUACAGAUAAGGAUAAAGAGAGCACAGAUGGAGAUGGGCCUUUCAUCAAGGGGAUGAAGCCGUGGAACUCAUUCUGGUGGAGCAACAAGAACGAAGGAGCCAAGAAGGAAGGCGAGACUGUGGAGACAGCAGGAGAAAAGGAGCAUCAUCAUAACCAUCAUCAUCAUCACGAAGAAGCAGAUAGCAACCAUGGUGGUCUUACGUUAUCGAGGGCUCCAAGCAACAGCUCAGUAGUAUCAACAUCGCAGAAAUCAAGUCGCAGCGUGGUUUCAACGUCUACAGGUAUUUUUAGCAGCUGGUCGCUAUGGGGGAACAACAGUGGUAAUAACCAUGAGAGUAAAGACGAUGGUUCGUUACACAAUAGCUCGUCGUCUUUGUCGGCACCGGGAACUUCUGCGCCGAGCGCACCUGCAACAACAGCAGCACAGCCCACUGGGUUUUUUGCACGGCUGACCAAAAACUAA